AUGCAACGACAUCGCUUCCCCGCCAUGGCUUGGGCUCUGCGCUGCUGGCACAGCAUUGUCGGCUCCAAAAAGCCUAACAGUGACAUCCCCCCAUUUCCCUACCGCCAGUUCAUCAUCUUAGCUUUGGUCCGCAUUUGCGAGCCUAUUGCUUUCAUGUCCGUCUUUCCAUAUGUCUACUACAUGGUUGAGUCCUUCCAUGUGACCGACAACGACCAGAAGAUCGCCGUCUUUGCCGGCAUGAUCACUUCCGCCUUCACUUUCGCCGAGUUCAGCAGUGGCCUGUUCUGGGGUCGUCUGAGUGACCGUAUCGGCCGCAAGCCUGUCCUGAUCAUGGGCCUGGUGGGAACCGCCAUCAGCAUGCUGGUCUUUGGCUUCUCGCCCAACCUGACAACCGCCAUGAUCGCCCGCGCCCUCGGUGGCCUUCUAAAUGGAAACAUUGGCGUGCUGCAGACCACCGUCGCAGAGAUUGUAACCGUCAAGGCCCAUCAGCCACGAGCUUACUCGAUCAUGCCCUUCGUCUGGUGUCUCGGUUCUAUCUUAGGCCCGAUGAUGGGCGGUGCCUUGGCCCGUCCCGUGCUGAGCUAUCCAUCCCUAUUCAAGCCCGACACGCUUUUCGACCGGUUUCCCUUUCUCCUACCCAACUUGGUGUGUGUGGUCGUCCUCAUUUUCGGCAUCAUUAUUGGUGUUUUGUUCUUGGAAGAAACCCAUUCCAAAAAGAAGUACCGUCGUGACCGAGGCUUGGAAGUGGGCCAUUGGCUGUUAGCCAAGGUCUCCCAAGCCCAUACCCCAGCGCCUUCAGACGACAAAGCCGCCCUCCUUGACGAAGACGCCUAUUUGUCCGAAGACGACCCGCCCCCAGUCUAUAGAAGCCGAGAACCGUCACCUCGGUCUUCGUCCAUUGGAGCUACUCGCCCCGCCGAAUUGGAUACCGACGUCGAGCAACCUGAACGCCGCCCCAGCGUCGGAUUCAACAAAGCAUUUACGAGACAAGUUGUCCUAAAUAUUAUCGGCUACGGCAUUCUGGCAUUCCACAGUGUCUCUUUUGACCAACUGAUGCCCAUCUUUCUCAGUACGCCCAAGUCGGAGGAACCCGCCAGUCUUCCUUUUCAUUUUACCGGCGGCUUGUCCCUGUCAACCAAGUCCAUUGGUGUUAUGCUGUCCAUCCAAGGCAUUUACGCGAUGUUCGCUCAAAUUUGGCUUUUCCCAUACGCUGUUCGACAUUUCGGGGCCCUCCGCAUCUUCCGCUUCGUCCUCUUGAUCUGGCCACCGCUGUACGUUGCCGCUCCCUAUCUCGUUUUGCUUCCGUCCUGGUUGCAAAUCCCCGCCGUCUACGUGGCCCUUCUUGGCAAGAUCACCUUUCACGUCAUUGCUUUCCCUGCGACCGCCUUGUUGUUGGCCAACGCCAUACCCUCCAAAGAUGUCUUGGGGUCCGUUAAUGGUGUAGCCUCUUCGGUUGCCAGUUUGAGCCGAGCUCUAGGUCCGACAAUAACCGGUUUCCUGCAUUCGAAGGGCUUACACAGCGGCACAUCUGUGAUAGCCUGGUGGGCCAUUGCCGUCGUCGCCACCAUUGGUGCAUUUGAAAGUUUUCUGAUGGAGGAGGCUGACGCGCCAAGCCCCAACACGUCUGGUACGGUCGACAGAAACAAAUGGACGUCUAGCAGAGAAUCCCCGUCUGCCUCUGAGAUGCCUGAGGAAGAAGUUGGGCUGCUUUCUGCAGAUGCUAGUUCCGAAAACCCCGACUCAGACGAGGCGGUCAACGACAAAUUCCUGCAGGGCUGA